AUGGUUUGCAACAUUCGGGCAUAUGAUGCUUCUAUGCUUACCUAUGAUCGUAUCGAAGCUUCUAAUACGAUACAACUAGCUAAAGAACUUACAAACAUAAAACUAUCACCAGAUAUUGAAGUUGAAUUGCUUUUAAAAGCAAUUCACCUAAUCGAUCUAACCACAUUGGCUGGAGAUGAUACAGCUGUCAAUGUUCAAAGACUUUGUGUAAAAGCAGUUAAUCCAUUAAGUAAAUGCGUUUUAAAUAAGCUUGAAAGCACAUUCCAUGUUAACCUGCAAGAUUUAAGAACAGCUGCUGUGUGUGUCUAUCCAUAUCAAGUUAAAACAUGUACCGAAACUUUUAAGAAAUUGAAUUUAACAGAUUUUAAUGUUGCUUCUGUUGCUACUGGUUUUCCUUCUGGACAGUAUCCUCUCGAGACUCGUCUAUUGGAAAUUAAAUCAGCUAUUAAUGAUGGAGCCAAUGAGAUUGAUGUCGUAAUAAAUAGAUCAUUGGCUUUACAAGGUGAUUGGGAAGGAGUUUAUAAUGAAGUAUGUGCAAUGCGUAAAGCUUGUGGCGAUCAAGCACACUUAAAAACUAUUCUUGCAACUGGAGAAUUAUGCAGUUAUGAUAAUGUUUAUAAAGCUUCAAUGGUUUGUAUGUUAGCCGGAGCGGAUUUUAUUAAAACUUCUACUGGCAAAGAAACAGUCAAUGCCACACUUCCAGUUUCGUUGGUUAUGGCUAGAGCUAUUCAAGAUUUCAAGGAAGUAUACGACAUUAAGGUUGGCUUCAAACCUGCGGGCGGUAUUCGUACAGCUAAAGAUGCUAUCGAUUAUCUCCAAUUAAUUGGUAACGUUCUUGGCCCUGAUUGGAUAAGUCCAGAUUAUUUACGAUUUGGAGCUAGUUCACUUUUAGGCGAUAUUGAAACUCGACUAUACAGUUUAUGCCAUGAUGGUUUAAUGCCGUUGCCUGGUGAAUUAGAUUUCUUCUGA